AUGUUAGUACAAUCACUUGUGAUUUAUAUCAUUAAAUUAGCGAUAUGUAAGGAAUAUCGAGGCACUAGCAUGGCCGCUAUAGGCCCUGAUACUUUGGGUUUUCUAACGCAAUACCAAAAUGUGCUAUCUGACAGGGCGGUUGAUUAUCAGGGAACUUUCAAAAUUCAGGAAUACAUUCUACGAAAAAACGCAAUUAAUGAACUGGAGGUGACCAUACUAUCACGCUACAAAGAGGUGAACGCAGUACUUGUAUCCACGUCCAGAUUCUACUAUAAUUAUAGACAUGUUGGAAACGUUGCCGCGAUAAAGACAAACUUGCACAAUCUGGGUCUCGUUCCAGGACGCCAAACUGUUUCCAUGGUUCCGGAGACAUGUUUGUGUCACCCAUCUAAUACGUAUCCUGGCCGUAUAUAUGUGACCAAAAGUGUGGAUAGGACCAGUUAUAGCGGCGAAAUUGAGAAUGAUGAUGCAAACGCUUUUCUUGAGCAUAUGUAUAUUGCCUAUCGCUCAACGGCUGUUAGAUUGCACAAUUUUCGUUUCGUAAUGACCCAACGUUUCCCCAAAAAGUAUCCUCUAAGUUCACGCUUGGCUAUUAAAUACCGGAUAGAGCUUGAGUACACGGAACCACAAUUUGACCUUCCUACUCACAUUGUCUACAUGACUGGACACGGAGGCGAUAGAUAUUUCCAAUUUCAAGCGAAGGACGUGAUAGCAGCUAGUGAUAUUGAGUUGUAUGUGACGGAAUUUUUUGUUAAACAUCCCAAUGUGCAUACUCUUAUGAUAUCGGACACUUGCCAAGCUUCGACGUUGUUUGAGGGGUUAAAGAAAGAUGCUCCCAUAAUUUGGGUAGCAUCGUCCAGUAGGGGCAUCAGCAGCUAUAGCUAUAAUGCCAAUUCACAACUCACAGUUUCCACUGUUGGGAAAUUCACGUACUACGUAUCAGGUUUUAUCGACGCCGUGAUCAGAGGGAUAAAGGGACGCAGCGACAGAGCCACCGUUUCUAGGUUCUCGUUAAGCCAGCUAAAGAGGCAUGUGGAACGGCAUUGUCCAGAGGAAAUGCCAGUUUUCCAUGCGAAUACACGCAUUUUAAAAGACUACGAGGGCACGCCGGAGCAGAGCGUCAGCAACACUCGGAAGGCCUAUCUCGGAGAAUUUCUUUUCAACUAUCGUGUGGCCUACUUCAACACCUAUAAUUGGCCUUUGCCGCCGCAAGCAGGAAAAAGGGGCACCGAGGUUUUUAAUGUAAAAUCGUACGAAGUAUUUAAAAUCGAUGGAGCCCAAAUACCGGACGUUGAAGGUGCCCGCCUCCAUGUCAAGAUGGGCGGAAGCGGACUCGUCAUAUUAAACAGAAAAAAAGGACCAGAAAGGAUUAUUGAAUGGAUUUUACCCAUGUGUGUGGCGGCGGUGGUUCUAGCCAUUGUGUGCGACCCUGUCACCGUCGGAAACCCCUUUGUCUGGAAAUGGAAUCACGAAGAAAAUUGCCCGUGGAAUCAAAACCAGUCGCUCGUCAAUACUUCCAUACGGAGGCCAUGCGAGGUACGUAAAUGCGCUGUCUGGAAGGACCUUAAAAAUUGGUUCGGUUAUACGGGUAAAAGUCUUUCCAAAUCGACAUUCGAGGAUGUAUUUCGUGAUGUGGCACACGGUGGUUCCGGAUUAUACGAGCGUAUGGCUGUGGAGGGUGGAAAUUUACUCCGUGAGGCGUCUCGUGCGUUCGCCGCCAAGAACACCGAAGGGAGCCAAUUCGUCCAUUCUGUAACAACCUUGGUUUUUCACCGAGAUUGUCAAAAAAGGUCUCUGCCUCUCGUCAAGCAGUUGUAUAUUCAGAAGGAGGUUACGAUUAUGAACGAGACCAGCCUUUUGGAAUAUUUUGCGAAGUCUUACCUUUCGGCAGCACAAUGUCUAACCACACCUCGAUCCAUAUCCAACUAUGUUAGAGUAUUGUUGUCUUAUUCACUGAACCAGGUGGCUGGUCAAGACUUCCAUCGAGAGUCCUGUGAAUGGCUGCCUACGUUGCUGCAACACAUCUAUCACUCACAGGCAUUUAGACAUCUGCAAUGCGAUUCUGACAAUCUGUUACUGAGAGAUAUGUAUAUUGUCUUCGAUUAUCAAUACGAUUAUUUUCUGCCCAGAAUUUUAGAAUGCUUCAACAAUGUAGACGACCCGCACCAGGUAACUGGCUAUCUAUUAGGUCAUGAACCAUUAUUACAGUGCGGUCAAAUCUCUGGUGAGGAAUUGUUAGUCAAUUUCGCGUCUAAGUACUUCUGUGAGCUAUAUAAGGUUCAUCAUGGUAAUGACAGAGAGUUGCUAGCAAGCGAAUACGCCGCUGCACAAACGCGGGAAUUCAUGAGUAGCAAGGCUGUAGAACUGUUUGCAUGUGUCUUUAUGCGUCUGCAUCUAGCAUUUAUCGGGGAGGAGGUUAACUUCAUGAAACAGCGCUCGUUAAAAGAGUGCCGAAUCAUAUUCAUAAAUCUCUUGGGGGCGUGUUGGUCCAUAUCGCAGAAGGAUGCACGUAACACGUGGAUGGCAAAUCUGUUUCAAACUCUCCGUCAGGUCCAACUGGCAAUAAAGAUGAGUGGAGUCAAUGAUACUGGAUCACGGGUGAAUGGUGAUCGACCUGCGUCAUAUGCAUCUGGAGGUGAUGCCACAGGACAACAACAAUUGGAUUUCAGCGUCAUGCUCAACCGUCGAUGUGCCGCAAUGCAACAAGAGGCUCCCUUCCGGAGUGGUUUCAUUGAUGAGGUUUUACAGAAGGCGCUGAAUUUCUUUACGGGCUCGUGCAAGUCCGAUGAACCCUUGUCGGAGGCACCGGACGUCGAGCUGCCUAUACAUGUGCAAUAUGAUAAAAAUACCCAGGACGCUAAGAUACACAUACCUCUUGCCAAAAUGAGCAAUAUGGAGCCUGUAAACUACCGUACCGUGCUCCAAAGUCGGGGAGAGCGGAUCAUGGAAAUCGUGGUGUCCAACAAUGGAACACUACCGCGGCUCGACGGUGGUGUUGGCAAGUCGACGGUAGCCGCGGGUUUGGCUCUCGCGCUUAAAGCGUCUGAAUGUUCUGUCGGUAUUUGUGAUCUUGAUAUACACGGUCCCAACAUAGCGUGUAUCCUUGGUGCUGAAGAUUCGUAUGUGAAAUGGAAACAAGUUAAGUUAGAGGAAGACAGCAUCAAGUACGAUACACAUGUAACCACAAGUUCCGAAGUUCUGUGCGACAGUUCUGCACUUGGUGAAUAUAAUGCGUCGUCAUUUUGUGGAGAUGUGUGCCGUGAUACGAGUUGCACUGCCGAAGAAGUUCACACUACUUGUCUUCUGGAACCCAAGGAGGUGCGCGGCAUCAAAUUGAUGUCAUUUUCGUUUGUCAAGUCUAAACAGGACCUGGGUUACGCAGCCUUUAGAGGGCCCGUGGUGGAGGAAAUCGCCUCCGAGUUGCUCUUGAAGACCGAUUGGGGGCAACUAGAUUACCUCAUUUUGGACUUGCCUCCAGGCACCGGCGAUGUUGUCAUGUCCAUUGUGGAAGACGUAGCCCUGUCUGGGUUGGUUGCAGUAACUACACCUCACCAGCUGGGCAAUAAAGACGUCUUAAAAGGUGUAAGGCUUUUCCAGGAUAAUGAAGUCCCGAUCGUUUGUCUAGUUGAAAACAUGUCUUACUUCGUCUGUGACGGCUGCGACAAAAGACAUUAUUUGUUCGGCUCAUCGAACGCCGAGUCUUUAGCUCAGAACUUUGGUAUACCACAGCACAUCUGUCUCCCCAUGAUGGUCUGCGGUGCCGAUUUCGUAAAUGACUUCUCUUCCAACAAAGAUGCACGCCAAAAGUUUCUAGAUAUUGCAAGGGUCGUCAUAAAAAACCCAGCUACAGCCAAGCCACGCUCUAACCCGGUAAAAGGGUAG